AUGGCUUUCUGGACGCAGCUGGGCUUGCUGCUAUGGAAAAACUUCACCUACAGAAGAAGACAGACUUUCCAGCUGCUGAUUGAAGUUGCCUGGCCUCUGUUCAUCUUCUUCAUCCUGAUUUCUGUAAGACUUUCAUAUCCGCCCUACGAGCAGCAUGAAUCAUGGAUACAGGGGAUCAUCUGCAAUGCCAACAACCCUUGUUUCCGCUACCCAACUCCUGGGGAAUCCCCUGGUAUUGUUGGAAACUUCAAUGCCUCCAUUGUUUCCCGCCUGUUCUCGGAUGCCAAGAGGUUACUCUUGUACAGCCAACAGGACAAGAGCAUAAAGGAUGUCCAGAAGGUCCUGGGAAAACUGCGCAAGUUUGGAAACUCCUCUGGCUCAGACUUUAAACUUCGGGAUUUCCUGAUUGACAAUGAGACAUUCUCAGGCUUCCUCCAUCAUAAUGUGUCCAUGCCAUCAUCUGCAGUAGAGGAGCUACUGGAUGCAGAGGUCAACCUCCAGCAGGUCAUUGUGUCUGGUUACCGAAUGCGACUGCGAGAUCUCUGCAUUAAUUCAACGCUGUCUGAAUUUCUUACAAUACAAAAUCAGACUGUGGCUGUGGACUCUCAGACCUCCCUUUGCACCUUGCCAAAGGAAAAACUCCAUGCAACUGAACAAGUGUUCCGUGCUAACCUGAAUCCUUUGAAGCCUCUUCAGAGACACAUCUCUUUCAAUUCCUCCCUGCGUGAUCUGUCAGAAACUGUGGAAGCUUUUCGAGAGAGCCUUGGGAAGCUUGUUAAAGAGUUGCUGAGCAUGAAGAGCUGGAGCGACAUGAGGCAAGAGGUGAUGUUCCUGACCAAUGUGAAUGCCUCAAACUCCUCUACGCAGAUCUACCAGGCUGUGUCACGCAUCGUGUGUGGCCAUCCCGAAGGUGGAGGUCUCAAAAUUAAAUCCCUCAACUGGUAUGAGGAUAACAAUUACAAGGCACUAUUUGGAGGCAACAGCACUGAAGACGAUGUAACUAACUUCUAUGAUAACUCCACUACACCCUACUGCAAUGAGCUGAUGAAGAACCUGGAAUCCAGCCCGCUUUCCAGGAUUAUCUGGAGGGCUUUGAAACCCUUACUGAUUGGGAAGAUCUUGUACACUCCAGACACACCAGCAAUAAGGAAGGUCAUGGCUGAGGUGAACAGGACAUUCCAGGAGCUGGGUGUGUUUCGUGACCUCGGAGGGAUGUGGGAGGAGAUAAGCCCGAAGAUUUGGACGUUUAUGGAAAGCAGUCAGGAAAUGGAUCUCGUUCGGACGCUGCUGAAAGGCAAAGCCCUCUGGGACCUGCACUUGCCAUCUUCCAACUGGACCAUGGAGGACAUUGCUCGAUUCCUUUCAAACCAUCCAGAGGACUUUGAGACAGAAAAUGGCUCAGUAUAUACCUGGGUGGAUGCCUUCAAUGAGACAGAUCGGGCUGUCCAGACCAUCUCCCGUUUCAUGGAGUGUGUCAACUUGGACAAACUGGAGCCUGUGGCUACGGAAGUCCGGCUCAUAAACAAGUCAUUGGAGCUUCUGGAUGAAAGGAGGUUCUGGGCUGGCAUUGUCUUCACUGAAAUAGCUCCCAACAGCGUAGAGCUCCCUCAGCAUGUGAAAUACAAGAUACGCAUGGACAUUGAUAAUGUAGAAAGGACCAACAAGAUCAAGGAUGGGUACUGGGAUCCUGGUCCCCGUGCUGAUCCCUUUGAGGACAUGCGCUAUGUAUGGGGAGGCUUUGCCUACCUGCAGGAUGUGGUGGAACAGGCCAUCAUCAGGGUACAGACAGGCACAGAGAAGAAGACAGGAGUUUAUGUGCAGCAGAUGCCCUAUCCGUGUUACGUAGAUGACAUAUUUCUACGUGUCAUGAGCCGCUCCAUGCCUCUCUUCAUGACUCUAGCCUGGAUCUACUCAGUGGCUGUGAUAAUUAAGGGUAUUGUGUAUGAGAAGGAAGCCCGGCUGAAGGAGACAAUGAGGAUUAUGGGACUUGACAAUGGCAUCCUUUGGCUAAGCUGGUUCAUUAGCAGCCUCAUCCCUCUCCUGAUGAGUGCAGGCCUGCUGGUGCUGAUCCUUAAGAUGGGGAAUCUGCUGCCUUACAGUGACCCUAGUGUGGUGUUUGUUUUCCUCUCCAUCUUCGGUGUUGUGACCAUCCUCCAGUGUUUCCUCAUCAGCACUGUGUUCUCCAGGGCCAACCUGGCAGCUGCCUGUGGGGGCAUUGUCUAUUUCACACUUUACCUGCCUUAUGUGCUGUGUGUCGCCUGGCAGGACUACAUCAGCUUCUCACUCAAGAUCUUUGCGAGCCUGCUGUCUCCAGUAGCCUUUGGCUUUGGUUGUGAGUACUUUGCACUGUUUGAGGAGCAGGGAGUCGGUGUUCAGUGGGACAACUUCUUUGAGAGCCCAUUGGAAGAAGAUGGCUUUAGCAUCACCACAUCUGCUGUCAUGAUGUUAUUCGACACCUUCCUGUAUGGGGUCAUGACCUGGUACAUUGAGUCUGUCUUCCCAGGCCAGUAUGGGAUUCCCAGGCCCUGGUACUUCCCUUUCACAAAAUCCUAUUGGUUUGGUGAGGAACCACAGAACAGGCAGCACCUUCAUCCUGAUCAGAAGGGACCUUCAGAAGUCUGCAAGGAGGAAGAGCCUACACAUCUGAGCCUUGGUGUUUCCAUCCAGAAUUUGGUCAAGGUUUAUCGUGAUGGAAAGAAAGUUGCUGUAGAUGGUCUUACACUGAACUUCUAUGAAGGACAAAUCACCUCCUUUCUGGGACAUAACGGAGCAGGGAAAACCACUACCAUGUCCAUCUUGACUGGCUUGUUCCCCCCAACCUCGGGUACAGCCUUCAUCCUGGGCAAAGAUAUCCGCUCUGAGCUCAGUACCAUCAGGCAGAACCUGGGUGUCUGUCCACAACACAACGUGCUGUUUGACCUGCUCACAGUGGAGGAGCACAUCUGGUUCUACGCUAGGCUCAAAGGGCUGCCAGAAAAGAAGGUGAAAGAGGAGAUGGAGCAGAUGGCAAUGGAUGUUGGUUUGCCUCACAAACUGAAAGCUAGGACAAGCAAACUCUCUGGUGGCAUGCAGAGGAAGCUCUCAGUUGCCUUAGCCUUUGUUGGUGGCUCCAAAGUUGUCAUUCUGGAUGAGCCUACAGCUGGAGUGGAUCCUUAUUCUCGCAGAGGGAUAUGGGAAUUACUCCUCAAGUAUCGGCAAGGCCGCACUAUCAUUCUCUCCACACACCACAUGGAUGAGGCAGACAUCCUGGGUGACCGAAUUGCCAUCAUUUCUCAUGGCAAGCUCUGUUGUGUGGGCUCUUCUCUCUUCCUGAAGAACCAGCUGGGAACAGGCUAUUAUCUGACACUGGUCAAGAAGGAUGUGGAUUCCUCUCUUAGCUCCUGCCGAAACAGCAGCAGCACAGUGUCCUAUCUGAAAAAGGAUGACAGUGUCUCCCAGAGCAGCUCUGAUGCUGGCCUUGGCAGUGACCACGAAAGUGACACACUGACAAUAGAUGUCUCUGCAAUUUCAAAUCUCAUUACAAAACAUGUCCCUGAGGCCAGGCUGGUAGAGGACAUCGGCCAUGAAUUAACCUAUGUCCUGCCGUACAAGGCUGCUAAAGAGGGAGCUUUUGUGGAGCUGUUCCAUGAAAUAGAUGACCGUCUCUCUGAUCUUGGCAUUUCCAGCUAUGGGAUCUCUGAAACCACCUUAGAAGAAAUAUUCCUGAAAGUAGCUGAUGACAGUGGUGUGGAUGCAGAAACCUCAGAUGGGACAUUGCCAGCCAGAAGGAACAGGCGUGUGUUUGGAGAUAGACAGAGCUGCCUUCGUCCAUUUACAGAAGAUGAUGCAUUUGAUCCUAAUGAUUCAGACAUAGAUCCAGAAUCCAGAGAGACAGACCUUCUUAGUGGUGUGGAUGGGAAAGGAUCCUACCAGAUGAAGGGCUGGAAGCUCACCCAGCAGCAGUUCAUGGCUCUCUUGUGGAAGAGGCUGCUGAUUGCCAAGAGAAGCAGGAAGGGCUUCUUUGCUCAGAUCGUGCUGCCAGCUGUCUUUGUGUGUAUUGCUCUCAUGUUCAGCCUGAUCGUUCCUCCCUUUGGGAAGUAUCCCAGCCUGGAGUUACAGCCCUGGAUGUAUGAUGAACAGUACACUUUUAUUAGCAAUGAUGCUCCAGAAGAUGCAAGUACUCAGAGUCUUUUGGAUGCUCUUCUCAAUAAGCCUGGUUUUGGCACACGCUGUAUGCAGGGACACUCCAUCCCAGACACUCCUUGCACUGUGGGGCAGGAGGAAUGGACCACUGCUGCAGUCCCAGACUCAGUCCUGGACAUCUUCUUGAAAGGCAACUGGAGCAUGGAGAACCCUUCUCCGUCGUGCGAAUGCAGCAACGAAAAGAUCAAGAAGAUGCUGCCCGUGUGUCCACCUGGUGCAGGUGGGCUGCCACCCCCACAGCGUGAGCAAGAUACUGCUGACAUCCUCCAGAACCUGACAGGACGCAAUAUAUCAGACUACCUAGUGAAGACCUAUGCACAGAUCAUUGGGAAAAGCUUAAAGAAUAAGAUCUGGGUGAAUGAGUUCAGGUAUGGUGGCUUUUCCUUGGGAGCCAGCAGUUCCCUCAUGCUUCCUCCAAGCCAUGAAGUCACUGAUGCCAUUAAGCAGGUGAAGAAGAUUUUGGAGCUAGCACAGGGGAGUUCUGGAGACCGGUUUCUCAACAGUUUGUCAAGUUUCAUGAAAGGCUUGGAUACAAAGAACAAUGUGAAGGUGUGGUUCAACAACAAGGGCUGGCAUGCCAUUGCCUCCUUCCUGAAUGUGAUCAACAACGCCAUCCUUCGGGCCAACCUGCAGCAGGGCAAAAACCCUAGUGCUUAUGGGAUCACUGCCUUCAAUCACCCACUCAACCUCACCAAACAACAGCUCUCUGAAGUGGCUCUGAUGACCACCUCUGUGGAUGUCUUAGUCUCCAUCUGUGUGAUCUUUGCCAUGUCCUUUGUUCCUGCCAGCUUUGUGGUCUUCCUUAUCCAGGAACGUGUCAGCAAGGCUAAACACUUGCAGUUCAUUAGUGGAGUGAAGCCUGUGAUCUACUGGCUGGCCAACUUUGUCUGGGAUAUGUGCAACUACAUUGUUCCAGCCACACUAGUCAUCAUCAUCUUCAUCUGCUUCCAGCAGAAGUCCUAUGUAUCCUCCUCCAACUUGCCUGUGCUGGCUCUCCUUCUGUUUCUCUAUGGGUGGUCCAUUACCCCUCUCAUGUAUCCAGCCUCUUUCGUGUUCAAAAUCCCCAGCACAGCAUAUGUUGUGCUGACCAGCGUGAACCUCUUCAUUGGCAUCAAUGGGAGUGUGGCCACCUUUGUUCUGGAGCUCUUCACCAACAACAAGCUGAACAACAUCAAUGACAUCCUGAAAUCUGUCUUCCUCAUCUUUCCCCAUUUCUGCCUGGGACGGGGUCUUAUUGACAUGGUGAAAAACCAGGCCAUGGCUGAUGCUCUGGAGAGGUUUGGAGAAAAUCGUUUUGUCUCACCUCUGUCGUGGGACUUGGUAGGAAGGAAUCUCUUUGCCAUGGCAGUGGAGGGCGUUGUCUUCUUCCUCAUCACAGUGCUCAUCCAGUACAGGUUCUUCAUCAAACCCAGGCCUGUGUAUGCCAAGCUGCCUCCUCUGAAUGAUGAAGAUGAGGAUGUAACCAGAGAAAGACAGAGGAUUAUUAGUGGAGGAGGACAGAGUGACAUCUUGGAAAUCAAAGAGCUAACCAAGAUUUACCGAAUGAAGCGAAAGCCAGCAGUUGACAGGAUCUGUGUUGGAAUUCCCCCUGGAGAGUGCUUUGGACUUCUAGGAGUAAAUGGUGCUGGCAAGUCAUCCACUUUUAAGAUGCUAACUGGUGAUACAGAUGUGUCAGGAGGAGAAGCUUUUCUCAAAGGAAACAGUAUCUUGUCCAACAUCCAAGAAGUCCAUCAGAACAUGGGCUACUGCCCACAGUUUGAUGCUGUUAAUGAACUGUUGACAGGGCGAGAGCACUUGGAGUUCUUUGCGCUCCUGAGGGGUGUUCCAGAGAAAGAAGUCUGCAAGGUCGGCGAGUGGGCAAUUCGGAAACUGGGCCUUGUGAAAUAUGGAGAAAAAAAAGCUGGGAAUUACAGUGGAGGGAACAGACGCAAGCUCUCCACAGCCAUUGCCCUCAUUGGAGGGCCACCUGUGGUUUUUCUGGAUGAGCCAACAACAGGGAUGGAUCCCAAAGCACGUCGUUUCUUGUGGAACUGUGCUCUAAGUGUAAUAAAAGAGGGGAGAUCAGUGGUGCUCACAUCUCACAGCAUGGAAGAAUGUGAAGCCCUGUGCACUCGAAUGGCAAUAAUGGUCAAUGGGAGAUUCAGGUGUCUGGGCAGUGUUCAGCAUCUCAAGAACAGGUUUGGAGAUGGUUACACCAUAGUGGUGAGAAUUGCAGGGGCAAACCCAGACUUGAAGCCUGUUGAAGAGUUCUUUGGGCAUGCCUUCCCUGGAAGUGUCUUGAAGGAAAAGCAUCGGAACAUGCUGCAGUACCAGCUUCCGUCUUCACCAUCCUCCCUGGCCAGAAUAUUCAGUAUUCUCUCCCAGAACAAAAAGAGACUCCACAUAGAAGACUACUCCGUUUCUCAGACCACACUUGACCAAGUAUUUGUAAAUUUUGCUAAGGACCAAAGCGACGACGACCACACUAAGGACCUGUCAUUGCACAAAAACCAGACUGUGGUAGACAUUGCAAUCCUUAAUUCCUUCCUGCAAGAUGAGAAGGUAAAAGAAAGUUGUGUGUGAGCCAAUUUCAGCAAAGAAAUGAUGAGCAGAAUGCAAACUUCCUGUUCCUGGGUAGGAUACUCCCAAAGAAGCUAAAGGAAGAGAAACUGGACACUCUACUGAUAACCAUUCAAUGCAAUGCAAUUCAAUGCAAUGAAAACAAAAUUCCUUUACAGGGGCAGUGCCUCAUGGAGUCGUCUUGUACUGUUCUCAAGUGAAAGACUUGAACUUAGCUCAUUACAGUAUAACUCUGAAGCUGUGGUAAGGCACCCACCAGAUGCUGUGGGCUUCCAACUGUACCGUAUCUUGUCCUGUACGGUAUGUUUUCACUAGGGUUGCAAAAAUUGUUCAUUGAGGAGUCAUGGCCAGUGGUUAUUUAUAGGUAUUUUAGGCAUGCAUGUUGUAGUCUUUAAAAGAAUCAUGUCAGGAGUGGGAAU